GUGUUUUCUUUUUGUUGUUCUGGUGGAUGUCCUACGGCCCGUGAACGCAGCAGCAGGGACUGACCCUGUGAAUUCUUACGCCACCUGAACGCAGCAGAAGCGGGGAUACAUGGUGUUGUCCUACGCCGCCUGAACGCAGCAGAGCGGGUACGCUGUGAUUCCCCACGGCCCCUGAACGCACCGCGCUGAGCUCAGCUCCUCGCUGUCUGUCUGAACCGAUGAAGUUGUUUCGAAGAUGGCGGAUUUCCUGCCGUCCCGCUCCGUGUUAUCUGUGUGUUUCCCGACCUGUCUGCUGACCAGCAGCGAGGCCGAGCAGCUGAGGAAGUCCAAGGAGAUAGACAAGUCCAUCAACAGGGACAAAACAUACGUCAAGCGGCUGGUGAAGAUCCUGCUACUGGGCGCGGGGGAGAGCGGAAAGUCCACUUUCCUCAAGCAGAUGCGCAUUAUCCACGGACAGGACUUCGAUCAGAAGGCCAAAGAAGAGUUCAGAGCGACCAUUUUUAGUAAUGUUAUAAAAGGUAUUCGAGUGUUGGUGGACGCUCGAGAGAAGCUACACAUUCCUUGGGGCAACCUGUCCAACCAGCGGCAUGGAGACACCAUGAUGGCCUUUGACACCCGGACCAUGAUGGCCCAUGGUCACGGCAUGGUGGAGACUAAAGUAUUUCAGCACUAUCUGCCGUCCAUCCGGGCCCUGUGGGCCGACCAGGGCAUCCAGAACGCCUACGACCGCCGCCGCGAGUUCCAGCUGGGCGAGUCAGUCAAGUAUUUCCUGGACCAUUUGGAGAAGCUUGGCCAGUCGGACUACCUCCCCAGCCAACAGGACAUCCUCCUGGCCAGAAAGCCCACUAAGGGCAUCCACGAGUACAACUUUGAGAUCAAGAACGUUCCCUUCAAGAUGGUGGACGUUGGCGGUCAGCGGUCUGAACGGCGGCGCUGGUUCGAAUGCUUUGACUCGGUCACGUCCAUCCUCUUCCUAGUCUCCUCCUCCGAAUACGACCAGGUGCUGAUGGAGGACCGGCAGACCAACCGGCUCAGCGAGUCCCUCAACAUCUUCGAGACCAUCGUCAACAACCGGGUCUUCAGCAACGUGUCCAUCAUCCUGUUCCUGAACAAGACGGACCUGCUGGAGGAGAAGGUGAAGCAGGUCUUCAUCAAAGACUACUUCCCCGAGUUCUCCGGCGAGCCGUCGAGCCUGGCCGACGUCCAGCGCUUCCUGGUCGAAUGUUUCCGCAAGAAGCGCCGCGAGCAGCAGCAGAAGCCCCUCUACCACCACUUCACCACCGCCAUCAACACCGAGAACAUCCGGCUCGUGUUCCGCGACGUCAAGGACACCAUCCUGCACGACAACCUCAAGCAGCUGAUGCUGCAGUGAGGAGACUGAGGAGGAGGAGGAGGAGCAGCAGGAGGAGCAGGGAUGGGUGGAGGUGAAGAGAGAGAGGGUUAGGUUAACCCCAACCCUCUCUCUGACCCUAACCCUGUCAAGGUGCCUUUUUAUACCCGUACGGGGAGCGCCCCUCCACCCGUUAACCUCCUGGACUCUGAUAAGCUCCUCCCCCUUUUGAACUCUGACUGUAUUAAAGCCACCACUACUCUGCCCCCCCCCCCCCCCCCCCCCCCCAUUGCUUUCUACGCUCUCCGUCUUACUGAGCUUUGACUCCUAACAGCCAUCAGACCACUGUAGAUGACCUUUGACCCCCACACACCAGUCCACACGUUUCAGCCCCUGACGUCUCUUAUUGUUCUUCCUCACUAUGUGUUGCUGUAGUUCACAUCCACACACUUGUUGCUAUGCUGCUCUGACCACUGUUGCUAUGGGAGGUGAAGAAGAGGAGGAGGAGGAGGAGGAGGAGGAGGAGGAGGAGGAGGAGGAGGAGGAGGGGCUUGUUUGUUUUUAACUGUUGCCAUCAGGUGUUUCACAACUUCUUUUGUUUUGUUUCUGGUUUUACAUCUGCUCUCCACUGGAGCUUACACUGUAAAAAAAAGAAGGUGUUUUUAGUCUAAAAACCAGAUCAAACAGUAAAUCUAAAGGUCUAAAACCAGAUCAAACAGUAAAUCUAAAGGUCUAAAACCAGAUCAAACAGUAAAUCUAAAGGUCUAAAACCAGAUCAAACAGUAAAUCUAAAGGUCUAAAACCAGAUCAAACAGUAAAUCUAAAGGUCUAA